ACCUUGCGCGCUGUGCUGUGCUGUUCCUCUUUUUAAAACUCUCAGACAGGUUUGAGCCCUGCUGCUUGUUAUGGAAAUUCCUGCCAUCAAUCUGAAGGCCAUCGUUUUGGUGCACUGGCUGCUGACAGUUUGGGGUUGCAUGGCGUGGCUGCCCACCUCCUUCGCCUGGGGCAACUUCAGCGUCCUGGCGGUGGGCGUGUGGGCCAUCGCUCACAGGGACUCCGUCGACGCCGUGCUGAUGUUUCUGAUCGGGAUGGCCGUGAGCAUCCUGACCGACAUCGUCCACUUUGGCAUCUAUUACUCGCUGAGCGAGCUGGCGUCGGAAAAGGGCCGCGACGUGUUCCGCUUCAGCGCCGGCAUGGCCAUCCUCAGCCUGCUGCUCAAGCCCGCCUCCUGCUUCUUCGUCUACCAGAUGUACCGCGAGCGAGGAGGAGAUUACGUCAACUUUGACUUAGAGACCUCAGUGGACAGUCGCUGCACGACGGACAGUGCUGACAGUGCAUUUAUCGGACGCCGCUAUUGACCCCCCCCCCCCCACACACACAAACCCCAACCCCAACCCCAUUUUUCCCUCUGCCAAUCAUCUGCCUUCCAUUCCCCCUCUGCACAGGAAGUGAGCUCAUGAAAAGGGAAGAACAACGAGGACACUUUUUAUUGUCUCUUUGUUGUUUGUUUGUAUUUCUAAGCGCGUGUGUGUGUGCGUGUGUGUGUGUGUGUCCUCACACCUCGUUUGUGCUUGUUCUCAUACAUUUGCAUCUAUGUAUUAUUCAUGCCGCCAAUCUCGCGUGGGCUUGUGUGAGUUUUUGCAUAAUAAUAAUAAUAAUAAUAAUAAUAAUAAUAG